AUGCGUAGAUUACUAACGGUUGAAUUGGAUAUGCAAGCACCACCACAACCAAAUAAUACAUUACUCCUCAGUCCUGGUAAGGGUCAAGAUAAAAAAGUCGCAUCGGGACAAAAGCCAGGAAAGUCUGGUAAACCAACAACGAAUGUUGCAUCAGAAGGAUCGUUACCGCAGUCACCACAGCAUAAUGUACAAAGUGAACAUGAGGAAAAGAAGCAUGGAGGCAAUGCGGUGAAGAGUGCAACGGAUAAGCAAACACCAGAGCAACAUAAAGGUCCCGGUGGUCCUAGUGCAGGCCCAGUGAAGGCAACUGCGACGGGUGCAGAUUCCGGAAAACCGAAGGCCAAAGUUGGGACAGAGGGGUUAUUAGUAGCUUCAGAAAAGAAGGAACAAGUUGAAAACACGCCCGAGAUACCCAGGGGACUUUGUAGUACACUAGCGCGAACUAUAUCUAGGAAUAAAUGGUGGAUCCCCGCUACAGUGGCCGUUCUCGGCUUCUACAUUGCAGUGCUCAUUAUCAAAUUCGGAUCCCUGACUGAUCCGACGCCUGCCCCAUCCCUUGGUUCAGUUGCAGGAAGCAUAGCAUUUAUGCUCCUGAUCAUGCUAAUUCGUUUCUACUACCGAAGGGGAAAAGCAAAAGUGCCAAAGAAAGCUCUAAAGGACAAAAUUACAUCAGAGGGAGAGCAGAAGCGUGCAGUACCCAAGAAACCAAAUGUACCUAAGAAACCAGAGGUAUCUGAGAAACCUGAAGCACCUAAGACACCGGAAGCACCUGAGAAACCCGAAACACAUAAGAAACCAGAGACACCCAAGAAGCAGGAAACACCUAAAACGGACGGAGAAUCGGACAAACCGGAAGUACCUAAGAAACCGGAGAUACCCGAGAAGCAGGACGCACCUAAGAACGGGGAAACACCUAAGAAACCGGAGACGCCCGACAAACAGGAAGCACCUAAAAAGGCAGGAGAAUCCUAA